AUGACACUUAUCAGAAGCGUUUAUGUAUUUUGUAGUAUUGUUAUGUCAGUGCCGGGCUACGCGUCAAAGCCACCAGAAGACAGGGAAUUGACAACCAACCGCUCCAACAUGUCCCUAAGAAAGGUUCCUGCAGACUUGAGCCCAACCACAACCACACUGGAUUUAUCCUACAACCUCCUUUCUCAGCUUCAGAGUUCAGAUUUUCGUUCUGUCUCUAAACUGAAAGUUUUGAUUCUAUGCCAUAACAGAAUCCAAGAGCUGGAUAUCAAGACCUUUGAAUUCAACAGAGAGUUAAGAUAUUUAGAUUUGUCUUACAACAGAUUGAAGAUUGUAACUUGGUAUUCACUGGCAGGUCUCAGACAUUUAGAUCUUUCUUUCAAUGACUUUGACAGUGUGCCUAUCCAUGAGGAGGCUGGCAACAUGUCACAACUGGAAAUCCUGGGUUUGAGUGGGGCAAAAAUACGAAAAUCAGAUUUCCAGAAAAUUGCUCAUUUGCAUCUAAAUACAGUCUUCUUAGGAUUAAGAAGGCUUUCUUAUUAUGAAGAAGGUAGCCUGCCCAUCUUAAACACAACAAAACUUCAUAUUGUUUUACCAAUGAACACAAAUUUCUGGGUUCUUUUGCGUGACGGAAUCAAGACUUCAAAAAUACUAGAAAUGACAAACAUAGAUGGCAAAAGCCAAUUUUCAAGUUAUGAAACUCAACAAAAUCUUACUUUAGCGAAUUCCAAGACAUCUAUUCUAUUGCUUAAUAAAGUUGAUUUACUCUGGGACGACCUUCUCCUCAUCUUCCAGUUUGUUUGGCAUACAUCAGUAGAAUGCUUCCAAGUCCAACAUGUGACUUUUGGAGGCAAGGUUUAUCUUGACCAUAAUUCAUUUGAUUACUCAAAUACUGCAAUGAGAACUAUAAAAUUGGAGCACAUACAGUUCAGAAUUUUUUAUAUUCCACAGGAAAGGGUCUACUUGCUUUUUACCAAAAUGGAUAUAGAAAACCUGACUAUAUCAGAUGCACAAAUGCCACACAUGCGGUUUCCUAAUUAUCCUACAAGAUUCAAACAUUUAAAUUUUGCUGAUAAUAUCUUAACAGAUGACCUGUUUAAGCAACCUAUCCAAUUGCCUCAUUUGAAAACUUUAAUUUUGAAGGGCAAUAAAUUGGAGACACUUUCUUUAGUGAGUUUCUUUGCCAACAACACAUCCUUGAAGCACUUAGAUCUCAGCCAGAAUCUGUUACAAUAUGAAAAUGAUGAAAAUUGCUUUUGGCCAGAAACCUUGAUCACUAUGAACCUGUCAUCCAACAAAUUUGCUGAUUCUGUUUUCAGGUGCUUGCCCAGAAGUAUUCAAAUACUUGACCUGAAUAAUAACAAAAUUCAAACUGUCCCUAAAGAGAUUAUUCAUCUGAAGUCUUUGCGAGAACUAAAUCUCGCAUUUAACUUUCUAACUGAUCUUCCUGGGUGCAGUCAUUUCAGAAAACUCUCAAUUCUGAACAUUGAAAUGAACUUAAUUCUCAGCCCAUCUCUGGAUUUUUUCCAGAGCUGUCAGGAAGUUAAGACUCUGAAUGCAGGAAGAAAUCCAUUCCGGUGUACCUGUGAAUUAAGAGAUUUCAUUCAGCUGGAAAAAUAUUCACAGGGCAUGAUGAUUGGAUGGUCAGAUUCAUAUAUCUGUGAAUACCCUUUGAAUCUAAAGGGGACUCGGUUAAAGGAUGUUCAUCUUCCUGAAUUAUCUUGCAACACAGCUCUGUUGAUUGUCACCAUUGUGGUUAUCAUGCUAGUUCUGGGGACGGCUAUGGCCUUCUGCUGCCUCUACUUUGAUCUGCCCUGGUAUCUCAGGAUGCUAGGUCAGUGGACACAGACAUUGCAGAGGAUUAGGAAGACAACCCAAGAACAACUCAAGAGAAAUGUCCAGUUCUAUGUGUUUAUUUCAUACAAUAAACAUGAUUCUACCUGGGUGAAGCAUGAAUUAAUUCCCAAUCUAGAGAAAGAAGAGAACUUGAUUUGCCUUCAUGAAGGAAACUUUGAUCCUGGCAAGAGCAUUACUGAAAAUAUCACGAACUGCAUUGAGAAAAGCUGUAAGUCCAUCUUUGUUUUGUCUCCUAACUUUAUCCAGAGUGAGUGGUGCCAUUAUGAACUUUACUUUGCCCACCAAAAUCUCUUCCAUGAAAAUUCUGAUUACAUAAUUUUUAUCUUGCUAGAACCCAUUCCACUCUACUGUAUUCCUACCAGGUAUCCUAAGCUGAAAGCUCUUAUGGAAAAGAAAGCAUACUUGGAAUGGUCCAAAGAUAGGCGUAAAUGUGGACUUUUUUGGGCAAAACUUAGAGCUUCUAUUAAUGUUAAUUUAUUAGAAACCAGAGAGAUGUGUGAACUACAGACAUUUGUGGAGCUGAAUGAAGAGUCUCAAGGUUCUGUAAUCUCUCUGAUAAGAACAGACUGCCUAUAA